AUGUUGAGUCAAGCAAGCAAAUGGGAGGAGAUUAUCAUCACCACCGUGAUAGAGGUAGGACGCCUUGAAGCAGAAGUCCUGGUCGAAGACGUGGACGAAGCAGGAGCCCAGGAGAGAGGAGAAAUAGGAGUCUCGUUAAGCCACUGGGGUGAGGCCCGAGAGGGAAUGGGAUAUAUGACUAUGGAUGCAAGUGCCUUUGUUGAUUUCAUGACUGGAAGACUCACUGACUCCAAUACUGCAUCCAUCCAGAGUUCAUCAAUGGAUCUCGAUUCACUUAUCAAUUCUCUCCUUCCAUCAUGGACAUCGGUUGCUAUGCUGCUAUCAUUCUUUACUUACUUGGGAACAGUUGGAUCUAUUUUACCGGGGAGAAUUAUUCCUGGGGUGACUUUAUCAGAUGGCACUCGACUCCAUUACCGUUGCAAUGGUAUGUUAUUGCUUCUGUUGUUUGUUUUGUUACUUGGAGCUGGUGCUUGGUUAGAUCUUGUGUCACCAUCGGCAAUUGCAGAUAGAGGGCUUGAGCUUUUGUCAACGACAUUUAUAUUCAGCGUGUUUGUGACUUUGGUACUCUAUGUGACUGGUUGUCAAUCCCGCAAUCAAAGUUCUUCUUUGAAGCCCCAUGUUACAGGAAACUUGAUCCAUGACUGGUGGUUCGGAAUACAACUGAAUCCUCAAAUCAUUGGCAUAGACCUCAAAUUCUUCUUUGUUAGAGCUGGAAUGAUGGGAUGGCUUCUUAUAAAUCUUUCUGUUCUUGCAAAAUGCAUUCAAGAGGGCAUCUUAAGCAAAUCGAUGAUUUUUUACCAGCUCUUCUGUUUCCUCUAUAUUUUGGACUACUUUUUCCAUGAAGAGUACAUGACCUCCACAUGGGAUAUAAUUGCUGAGAGAUUGGGGUUCAUGCUGGUGUUUGGAGAUCUAGUUUGGAUACCAUUCACCUUCAGUAUCCAGGGUUGGUGGCUUCUGAGUAAUAGGGUGGACCUAACAAUGGCUGCUGUCAUUGCAAAUUGUCUUGUAUUUCUGAUAGGCUAUUGCGUAUUUAGAGGAGCUAACAAGCAGAAACAUGAUUUCAAAAAGAAUCCCAAAGCACUGAUUUGGGGUAGUCCUCCGAAAGUAAUUGGUGGAAAGUUGCUUGCUUCUGGUUAUUGGGGCAUUGCAAGGCACUGUAAUUAUCUUGGGGAUUUGUUGGUGGCCCUGUCCUUUAGUUUACCUUGUGGAUUAAGCUCCCCAGUUCCAUAUUUUUAUCCUAUAUACCUUCUAAUUCUGUUAAUAUGGAGAGAAAGACGGGAUGAAGCUCGGUGUGCAGAAAAAUACAAGGAAAUAUGGGCAGAGUAUCGAAAACUAGUUCCUUGGAGGAUACUUCCUUAUGUUUAUUAG